CACGCGAAUAGAGGAAAAUCAUUUCGUCAUUACGUUUCUAGUUAACUAUUUCAAAAGGGUAUAAUAUUUCCUAACAGAGAGUAGAUUGAACAGAGCGCUGGCGGUUAUGAAAGGCUGAUAACCAUCUAUUUAUAUAAACAGCCUUUCCCAUUGUGUUUUCUUCAUUCAACAAAUCAGUCGGAAACACAACUGCACGUGUUAUUCCAUAAAUCGGCCAUUUUUCUGAAAGAUAUCGAAGACUUGGGAGAAACGCUUCGUACAGACAAACAAUGGAAAACAUAGCGAUUGCUGGAUUGACCAUCGUCGUUUCAAUUUACGAUUUUAUAACACUGCCAUUCUACUUUAUUCUUCAGAAGCCAUGGAAGAAAUGGAGGGGACCUCGAAAAUGGGCGGAAUCGAAGAGUGGCAAUCCUUCGGGUCCUUACAGAAGAAUCCGCGAAGGGAGCAGAUAUAUGUUGAAGAUGAAAACUUUGGAUAAUUUAUUCAGGGAAAGCGUUCGUGUAUUCGGAAAUAGGAAUAUGUUCGGAACUAGGCAGAUACUAAACGAGAAAAAGGUGAAGAACGAGGACGGGAAAGUAAUAAAAAAGUUCAUUUUAGGAAAUUAUAACUGGAUGAAAUUGAAAGAGGCCGACGUAAUAGUGGAUGAUUUAGCUCGUGGUCUAAGAAGCAUUGGAUUGAAUCCUAAAGACAAGAUCAUCAUCCUGGCUGAAACGCGCUUGGAAUGGACUCUGAUGGCUUUUGCUUGCUUUCGCACUAACAUUACGGUGGCCACUUGUUACAAAAAUUUGGGACACGAAGGAAUAAUCUAUGGAAUUAAUCAAAUCGACUCACCUUAUCUGGUUACCACAGGAGAAUUUCUUCCCGAAAUCAAGAAAUUUCUGACGAAGAUUCCUUGCAUCCGGCACAUCAUUUAUUUCGAAGACUUCUUUCCAGCCGAAGUCGAAGGAUUUCCCGAAAAUGUGACUUUGACGUCUUUCUCUGAAUUAAAGUCCUUGGGUAAUAAUUCAGGCUCAAAUAUCCAAUUGGAAGCGCCUUCUCCCGACGACUUGGCUUUGAUCAUGUACACCAGCGGAUCCACUGCCGAACCCAAAGGAGUGUUGAUUACUCACAAGUGUAUACUGAAUUGUUCUCAAGGGGUAUACGACGUAUUUAAUCCCAUGUUGUGA